AAAAAAAUUAACAAACACCUUUAAUUGUUUCUCAGUUAUGGCCAUAGUGCUACGGAGACACGUAGAUUUUCUUUCAUCGUUGUUAUUAUUAUUCACACUCUUUGCAUUCCCAACCUCAAAUGCAAUGUCAGCUGAAGAGGUAUCCAAAUUUUGCAAAGAGACACCUGACGACGUGGAAUUCUGCAUGAGAUACAUUGGGAGAAACAGAGAAAUAGUAACCGCACGAGACUUCAACGACGUGUUUAUAAUUGCGGUAAAACAGGCAAAACUCCAAGCGGCCGAUGGAAUAAAAAAAAUCAACAAAGUCCGUAAAAACUACAAUGGUCCAAUAGGGAAAAAACGAAUCCAAGUUUGCGAGGAAAAAUACAAACUUGCAUCAACCAGUUUCCAGAAGGCUUGGGAUGCUGCUUACAAAAAAUCGUUUACAGAGCGUUUGGAAAUGACCACAGGCUCACAAGGUGGCUUUGAGGCUUUGCGCCAGUGCGAAGACGAGUGGGCAAAGAAUGGCCCGAGACAAAAGUCUCCUCUCACUUUAUAUUACAACAAUGUCUACAAACUAUGGGCUAUAAUGCGUUCUACUAUCAGCAAGCUUUCUCGCUAGUUUCACCGUAAUUCGAUCUUUCAUUUGCUUUAAAGCAUUGUACAAAGAAAUGAGAACGUGUCGCGAGGAAGCCCAUGAUAAUGACUCUUAGAGACCAA